AUGCCCUGCAUUGCACGAGGGAAACACGCCUUUCCCGCGAGGCUACUUUUGGCGCCGGGCAUAAAAUUCUCGCUUCACCUCUACUCCUCGCUUGACGCCAACAGCCCUGAAGACUCCCUCCGCGGUGCCUCUCAGGCUCCCCUCGAUCUACCAAAACUCGAAGUACCACCCAUAACCCAGCAGAACAAUCCGCACAGUCCGAAUCACUACCGCAAUUCGCCAUUCAGAUCAGUCAAAUUCCAAAACAGCUCUAACAACAUGCGCAUUGGAUCAGACGAGCUCCCCAAGACGGUUACAUCUGUACGCGACGGGUGGCAAUGGACGAGCCAAAGCGGUGCUGUCGUUGCACGUUUCCUCUCCCUCACAUCACAUGGGCGCUUAAUUCUCACACUCGCGCAGUCUGGCCUCCUCGCCGCAGUCGCAGCCCAACUGCUCGGAUUCUUCAAAGACAAGCUUGAAGAUGUCUCACCAGCUGGGGCCGCGGACUUCGUUAUUGCCAGCUGCUAUACUGCCCUGUUCUUGAAUGUCGCCGCCACAAUCGGGUCAUUUGUCCUCAUCGACAACCUCGGCGAGGUGGGCUACCGAGCUGCCAAGCUCGAUGCAGCAGACGCGUUGAUUCAGAUAGAGGCAAUUGGAGACUACCGCCCUCCUAUUAGCAAGUUGCUGAAGGAGUUUGGGGCAACACAACUAUGGAACGGGAUGUUGUACCACUGUGAGGCUUUUUCUGGUCCUUUCUUCGCGUUCACCGGACUCAUUCUAAUUACCAUGUGA